GUGACUAUAUUUAAUAGUAAACAAAACGUUUGAAGCGGCUUUUUUUCAAAAAAUUUGGAACGUAAAAAAUAAUUAUGGAACCGGCGUCUAACAGCACUGAAAAGUUGACUCAAGACACCAAAAAUGAUUCGCCCAGUAAAAAAGGCCGUCAUCGAAGGAAACAUAAGUAUAAUGCAAUUCGGUUACAGAUGGAAUUCUACUUUUCGGAUGCCAAUUUGUCCAAAGAUCGAUAUCUCGGCCAAUGUAUCAAAAAUGAUCCAUUUGUUGCUUUAUCCGAAUUUCUUAAAUUCAAUCGCAUCAAGAAACUUACCGAUAAUGUGGAGGAUAUUGUAACAGCUCUGAAAUGUUCCGAACUGUUACAACUGUCGGAAGACCAUAGUAAGGUUCGUAGGGUAACUCAACCCUCGGAACGUCCGAAUUGCGAAGAAUGCACCAUCUAUGUGGAAUGUCUACCCCCAAAAGCCGAUCAUGACUGGGUGCGGAAUGUUUUUUCCGCCUAUGGCAAAGUGGCGUAUGUGUCUUUGCCAAAAUUCAGAUUUUCGAAAAAAAUCAAAGAGUUUGGAUUUGUCGAAUUUGAGCAAGAAUCCAGUGUACAGAAAGCAUUGAAAACAUUUCAAGCAUUCGGGGGAGUUCUAACUUACGAAGGCACAGAACCAGAUAAGCUAGUUAGUAUUCUCAGUUUUAAUAAGGAAAAAGAAGAAGAAGAAACACAGCAGGAACCCAUCGAUCCGAACACGAACAACAAUGAGGAAGAUGAUAAGAAGGAAAAAUUCGAUACAAAAGAAAACAAAGAGUUCCUUGAGCCUCCACCGAAAAGAAUCAAAAGAGAUGAUGGCGAUAGUUCAGAUACCGAUACCAACAAAGAUAGUGGUAACGAAGAAUUUCACAGUGAAAAUGAAAGUAGUGUUGUUGGCAAGGAUGAGAAUAAGACGAGUGAAGAAACUAACAAGAAAAAGCGAAGACGUCGAAGAGGACCCAGUGGUAUAAAGAAGGAAAUCCAACAGGAUGACAAGGUGUAUGAACUCAAGAUCAUGGCAAAGAAAGAUUGGCGACGACUGCGAAAUAAAUAUUUGAAUCUACAAAGAGCGGAAGCAAAGAAGCUGAAAAAAUUGUUUAGUAACAGUACAAAAUUUAGCAAACCUAGCCAAAGUCGUACGCCGAGUCAUUCGACAUCAAUUACGAAAACAGUCAAGUCUUCACCGCGAGUCAACUUCUACGGUGCUUUGACGGACGAAGAGGCAGCAGCAGAAGCUAUCAAAUUAGAAGAACAGGACCAGCAAAACAAACAACCACUAUUCUCGUUCGAACCUGGACUUAUAGUGAACAUAAAGUUUCGAGUUCCUUGCGCCAAUAUUAAAGAUUUCAAAGCGGAACUGAAACAGUUCACAUAUGUCAAAUAUAUCGACCUGAAGGAAGGUGAUAUGGAAACAUUCGUACGAGUUGACAAACCUAGCUCGGCCAACCAGCUGGUAAAAGAAUACGGCAUGGCAGAGUACAGUGCUCAGAUAUUGAGUGGCGAAAAUGAGAAAACUUAUUGGGAUAAAAUCAAGCGAGAUCGAGAGGAAAAGCUCAACAAGAAAGUCAAGGUAGAAAAACUACGCGGCCGCACAAAACUAAUGAAAAAAGUGAAUACCCACAUCAAAUUUGAGGAUGACGAUUGACGUGAAAUAUAUUGUACGUAAAGGUUCAAUAAAUGGAAAUAGUUCGAAAAUCAUGCUGCAGUAUGUUCAUCUACUACUUUAACCUAAUGUCCAUGUAAUUUU